AUGAUUGAAAAUUCAGACAAAACAACUGAAAUAUGUUCACCUGAUUCAUUAUUAGCUUUUCCGAGUAACGGUCGUUGGUUGUGGAAUGAAAAGAAAAAGGAACUUGUUUAUGGAAGUCGGCAGGAAAAGUCUAAAGAAACAAAUACACCAUCCCGUGAAAUAUUAAAGAUUGAUCUGAGAACGGGCUUGCGUGUUUAUCGAAAACAAUAUCGGCCAUUGGAACGUAUUAUCAAAACAAAAGCUAAUAGCCAAAUUGCAUUAGUUGACGUGAUACAAGCAUCAUUGAAUGUCAUGAGUGAAACGUUUUAUAUACCAAUUGAAUUCGAAGAAUACCUAAAAACUUCUCAAGUACACGAAUAUCUCCUAUACUUGAUCAAUUAUUUCCACUGGUUGUUUGAAGCAACUAUUAACACAUCGCCCAAAAUCGGAAAGCAAAUAGAUCGUUCUCAAACGGAGAAAGAUCGACUUUCGUAUACCUAUGCCUAUUUGCUCGAGUCAUUGCGUGAGCUUGGCUGUAAAUAUGCCGUUCUACUAUUAGGUGUGAAUCUCAAAGAUUUCCAUCAUAUGCGUAACGGCGAAUUAUUUCGAGCCGGUGGUGAUGUGGAAUUAAUGAAAUUAUCGGACAUGAAAAAUGUACAAGAAUCAAGCAAUGUAAAUCCAGCGUCGUUUACAAGAAAGGAUAAUUUAGUCCAGCAUUCCAGUAUUUCAUUGAAACAAACUCACGUCACAAGUUUGUUCGCUAAAGAUUUCAACAGAGAUCGACUUGCUAUGCGCCACCUAUUACAUUCGUCAUCAUAUCGACGUUCAUUCGCUUUGCCAGCACCACCUCAUCCGUUAGGUGAUUCUCAUAUAACUCAUGGCAAGCAAACUGACUCACCAAACAUUCAAUUUGAAUUAAAGCAAACUAUUGGAAUCCUGGGAAAACCGUACAUGGAAUUCGAUCCAAUAUGGUUAAUAUCGAAACUUCAGAUAGAAGACGAUAUUGUGAUGCCUAAAGAGUUUCAAGUAACUCUAUCAGAUGAUGUUUAG